AUGCCACGAGUCCCGGACGAACUGUCCGCUGACCAACAGGGUGCUGACAAGUUGACACCGAAAGACCAAGGUGCUGUCGAGACCUCCGCAGAGCGCCACUCCUACCUCUUGAAUGAACCUUGCAAGCCUGAACAGCAGCAAGCAGGCUUUAAGCCCUUUGGAAAGUAUCAACAUCCUCAAUCUCGUGGAUGGGUCAAAGACCAACUUCUCAAGUCCAAGUCGCAAUCCGUUGCAGCCAAACCCAAUCGACAUGAUUCUCUGGAGCCCCUCGAUGAGCGCGAAAUUGAUAUCGAACCAACGAAGGAGCCCGUGAAGCUCAAUCAAGAUAAGGGGUCUGUAGCUGGCCGAUCCUGGCGCGGCAAGCAAGGAGGCUUCCGUACAAAGACAGCGACGACUUACGCCUUGCCGAAGAAGUCGGCCUUCGAAUGGCCUGUUGGUCGGGCAGUCGCUCCAGCAGUACCAUCUGCCCCAGCCCCACCGGCAAAUGCAACUCACCCAGAGCCGGCACUGCCACUGUUCGUUAGCUCAAACUCUGCUAAUUACCAGACCCAUGCUAGCACUGGUCGCACUUGGCGAGAUUUUGAUAUCGGUGAUGUGUUCUGGAUCUCGUGGACAUCUUACUACACUGACCCCCAAGUGACUGCCGACCCCCAGUCUCUCUACCAGACUCGCGAUGGUCCGAAGGUCACAAAAGUGCGUCUGCAUGUUUGUGUGUCGAAAUCCGAGUUCCUGAUGCGAGCUUUGCCUAUCUUUUCUCAUAACAACGGAGGCAUCGUCAAGAUUCCACAGGACCGUCAGUAUGAGUUCUCCUGCAUGAAGCAAGUUGGUGACACUACUCGUGUUACCCACCCCCUGGGCACUCAAGUCCUGAGCUUCGAGAGCACUCUUCCAGACUUCGAACUUCGCAACACCAGCACUGUGCGUUUAGUUGAGUCGCAGCCUGUGCACUAUGAUCAGCGAAUUCUGAAGGUCGGUCAUCUCGCUGCGUACUCAAUCACUCAGCUGAGCCAGCAGAUGGCCAAGGCUGAGCAGACCGGAAGCUGGAAGUUCUCACAGAAGACCGACAAGCAGAAGCGGGACGAGAUCAUUGUGAAGAAGCAGGCGAGUAUCGCCGCGGUGAAGACCAUGCCUCCGCCUGGAAAGAAGUUGUGA